CUACAUACUACGAAUUCCCCCCACUUGCCCCUCCCCGUUUUCCCGCGCUCGCUCAUCGCCUCACUGUUUACAGGUGAUCCGGCGACGGCGACUCCUCCCGCCGUCGCCAUCAUCAUCCCGGUAGGCCCCACCCGCCUCCCCUUAGCUAAGCUCCACCACUUUUAAGAAUCCACUCUCCCCAUUCAAACCUUUGUACUCUCCUUCUCCUUCUCUCUCUCUCUUUCUUUAUCUCUCUGUGAUUUUUAACGUUUUCGUUUCUACUCUAAAAUGCGCUUGGGUUUCGUGUUCGUCGUUCUAGUCGGAAUGUUCAUUUUCUCCGCCGGCCCGUUCGGGGUUGAUGGGUGGCGGCCGUGGCCCGCCCAGAAGCCCAACUCGACGGAUUUGAUCUUCGGCGGGUCGAAGAAAUACGAGGGCUCGUCGGAGUUUGUUCACCUGAGAUACCACAUGGGCCCCGUUCUUACCGCGAAUAUAACGGUUUAUCCCAUUUGGUACGGCCGGUGGGACAAAUCUCAGAAGCGGAUUAUCCGGGCAUUCAUUUCCGCUAUUUCCGCGGAUGCCGUUAAGCGGCCGUCCGUUGCCGGGUGGUGGAAGACGGUCCGGCUCUACACCGAUCAGACCGGCGCCAAUAUUUCCCGGAAUGUGAUCCUCGGCGCCGAGAAGAACGACCGGUUUUACUCCCACGGCAAGUCCCUGACCCGGUUAACGGUCCAGUCCGUGAUUAAAUCCGCCGUCACGGCGCCCUCCCGCCCGUUGCCCACUAACCCUAAGAGCGGCGUCUACCUAUUGCUCACCUCCGACGACGUGUACGUCCAGGAUUUCUGCAACAACGUCUGCGGCUUCCAUUACUUCACCUUCCCGUCCAUCGUCGGCUACACGCUGCCGUACGCCUGGGUCGGAAACUCCGCCAAAUUAUGCCCGGGAAUCUGCGCCUACCCCUUCGCCGUACCCGACUACAUUCCGGGUCUGAAACCCCUAAAAUCCCCCAACGGGAACGCCGGGGUGGACGGGAUGAUAAGCGUGAUCGCUCACGAGAUUGCGGAGGUCUCCACGAACCCGCUGGUGAACGCGUGGUACGCCGGCCAGGACCCGAGCUUCCCCGUCGAAAUCGCCGAUCUCUGCGAGGGGAUUUACGGCACCGGCGGCGGCGGGUCGUACACCGGCCAGAUGUUGAACGGCGCAGAUGGUGCCACGUAUAACAUGAACGGGGUCAGGCGGAGGUUCUUAGUGCAGUGGGUUUGGAACCCCAUUUUGAAUUACUGUACUGGCCCCAAUGCGCUCGAUUAAUUUCGUGAUAUAAUUGGGGCUUUUGGUAAUUUGGGCGUUCCAUUUCAGUUUCCUUUCUUCAAUCCGUUAUGCUCUGAUAAUGGAUAAUUAGUUAAGUUGAUUAAGCUUUGUUUAAAUUGAACGCCGUAAUAAUUACUGUAUAUACCCAUUUUGUACAGUUGUAAAUUGUUGUGAUUUUAUCCAUUUCACGCCGUUAUUAUGUACGGAGUAUUUGAUGCUCUGAAAUAUGGUAUUCAAAUUUGAGGCUAUAAUGGUAAUUUUUUGUAUGGUA